UAUAUCGUACUCCUCCUUCUUUUAAGCAGUUGGCAAUUGAGUUUCCAGAAUUCAGAAAGUAUAUUACCCAGGAUGUUUCUGGAAAAAUUAAAUUACAUAUUGUGGGUGGAAGAUUUACUAAGUAUAUCUGGCAAGAAGAAAGAAAUUAGAGGAAUAGACAUUGGAACAGGUGCAUCUUGUGUAUAUUGUUUACUUGGUGCAAAGAGUAGAGGAUGGUACAUGAUUGGAACUGACAUUAAUGAAGAGAGCAUUUUCUAUGCACAAAAUAAUGUGAAGAAUAAUAACCUUCAACAUCUAAUAACAAUAAAAAAAGUAAAAGGUGACACCAUGCUCCAAGAAGCUCUUGAGGGUCAGCCUGUUGAUGUACAGUUUGAUUUUUGUAUGUGUAAUCCCCCGUUCUUUUCCAAUGUGCAUGAACUUCAACCCAACUUUAAAGCCAGGCGCCCUGACAGACCUCGUCCAAAGAAUGCCUUUUGUGCCACUUCUACUGAAGCAGUUCAUGAUGGCGGUGAAGUAAAAUUUGUCCAAAAAAUUAUUAAGGAAAGCAAGAAACUUCAAACCAAAAUUAGGGUUUACACUACAAUGUUGGGUCAUAAGUCAAGUCUACCACCUCUAAAGUUCACACUGAGAAAUGCAGAAGUGAAAAGUUUUAAAGACACUCAAUUUUGUCAAGGAAAUACAACACGUUGGGGCUUGGCAUGGACAUUUUGUGAUAUCGACUUAAGAAAAGUGCCAGAAGAGACGGUUGCCUGUUCUAGAAAACAGAAUAAGCCUUUAGAACUUAAGUUUAAAUAUUCUGAAAUUGAUUACGAACAAUUCUGGGAUAAAGUGGUAGCUAUGUUUGAGGAGCUACAGAUAAGUACAGAUUAUAUGGUAAUGGGUAAAGCAAAACGUUCCUUAUGUUUUAAUGCUUUUAACAACACUUGGUCACAUCAGCGAAAGAAACGUCGUCAUCAGGAGCAAGUGACCAAAAUGUUAUGUUUUAUGAAUAAAGGUGAUUCUGCAAACGAUACUACAAUUAACGAGUCAGGAUCUGAUAUUAAUAGUUCUGUUGCAACAAACGGUGACGAAAAUUUUCAAAGUAGUGCUAAGGACUCCUCACCAAUUAAACUUGACAUUUCUGAUUCCAACACCAAUUCCGUGAAUGAUUUAUUUAACAAUUUGGACCAGUAUGACGUUAAUAUGUUUAAUGAAAGCAAUUUACCAGAUGGUGAUUCAACCGAAGAAUUAUCUGGUGAUGACAGUCAAUGGAAUGUUAAACAUGCGGCGGAUUUGAUAAGUAAUAUAAGCGUAUCAUCACCAAAGAAACGAAAAUAUGAAAAUGACGAUGGUCCAUGUGGAUAUAAGAAGACACGAACUGAUAAGAGAGAUAUUUUAGUAAGGGGUAUUAUUAGUUUAAUAAAAGAAACAGAUGACAUUGUUUUACAAAUGAAUUAUUUAUGUGGUACAGCUGGAAAGGAAGGCAUAAAUCAAAUAUUACAGUAUAUAAAAAAUAAUUGGUAUAAAUAAAAAGAGGUUAUAAGUACAAUCUUUUUUUAUCUUUCAAACAUUUUUUGUACUUUCUUAUUAUUUGUUUUUUUUUCGUUUUUUAAAUAUGAAGUUGGAAUGUUUGGUUGUGUUUUCGUAUUGUAUUUAUUUUCUAUUUUGCAAUUAAGUUUAUUAGUUUUUGAUUACAUAUUUGCUUGUACAAGUUUGCUUUUUUCUUUAAUAAUUAAAUACUUUAUUUUAUUGACGAGAUAGUUGAACUUUUCGGUUUUGUUCUUGCAAUGUAUAUUACAUUUGUGAAUUUCUUUUUGUUUUGUUAAUAUAAUUAUUCAAAUCAUCAUAUUUUCUCUAUCAUUUUUCGCCACGUAACAAUCAAAGUAUGUAUAGCAGGGGUGGAUGUUUUUCCCUCUUCCUCUCAGAUUCAGCUGUGCUGCUGUGCUGUAUGAUUCUAAUGAAUGUGAACAUAAUGUUAAUGUAACAAUCUGGUUGUACGGCGAUUGAUAUCCUUAGCGAAGACUUCUAAAUAUGUGAACCAUCUUACAUGAUACAGAGAUUGCGAGAAACCAGCAAUGUACACCCUAAAUUUAAGGGCCGUGGAAGUCGACAUUGCUGUAGAUUUCGAAAUUUUUGAGUUCAUAGAACACAACACUCAAAGUAGCACAGUUAAAUACCAGGGAACGUUGACUUUUUUAUAUGAGUGUGGCGAAUUUUAAAAGAGCAUUUGUUGCAUCAUUAUCAUUUGCAGCGAGUGCAAGCUGCGAGCGGAUUUCGUCUUGUAUUGUUUUGCUUAUAACGAAUGUUGCUUCACGCAAGACGGAAUUUUCGAUUUUUUGCUAUGAGUGUAACGCUAAUCCGCAUGUCGUACAGCUAUUGCGAUUUCAAUAACGCGCGUUUUCAAUGUGGAUGGGGAAUUUUAGAAGAGACUUGACCGAAUGUACAUAUGUACUGUAGAAAACUACGUGGACGUACAUGUUUUUUCAACAUGAUAGUACACCCCCUUACAUUGCAAUACUAUUGCCUGAGUUUAUUGAAUUAUUUGUAUGGGGUUAUGUGAAACAGCGCGUGUACCAAACCCUCGUGAAGUAUGAAAAUACUUUAUUUUGCAUGAUUUGAUUUUUUGGGAUUCAUUUUACAUAUAAUAUACAAAAAAAUUUUAGUCGUAUGAAUUUUGAAUUUGAAUAAAACAGAACGACAGGGAUAGAUGACGUUAUCGAUUAUUGUUGAAUAGAGUCGAUAAUUGUCGAAUAUACUCUCUUGCGGUAGCUACAGAAACACUCGUUUUUGAACGCAACUUAACCUAACCUAAACUACUGAAAAUUGUUUAGGGUGCAGAUGGAAAUUAAAUGUUAAUUUAUUCAAAAACUACUGAACAUAUGAUAAUUUAAAUGGCGCCAAUUGAUUGCCUGUCAUUUGUGCCUGAAGAUUGAACUACUAUGACGGUUUUUUCGAAAAUGCAACUUUUUUUUGCUGGAAAUGACGUAAAAUGGCCUAAUUAUGAAAAACUUACAUGAAAUAAUCCGGGGAAGGGCCUUUUUAACGCUGUUUCACUACCGCCACCUCAAUUUUCAUUAAUAAUUCAACUCGUGUAGUACGGGUUUUAGUUAAAGAAGGUGUAUUUAUAAGAAACUCAUAAGAAAACGUCGAAGGAAAGCUGUUUUAAUGUUUUUUUCGGUGCAAAUAAGUAUUUUAUAGGUAUAUAACCUCAACAAAUUCAUAGUCAUUUAUCAUACGUCAUAGUCACGUCUAGUCUGUUGUUUCUGAGUUCGCCUCUACAGUUUAAGUUUCAUUCACUUAAAAAGUGAUGUUCAUUGAGCAGUUGUUUUUAACAUAAAUUUACAAAUAGGUACAGACUGCUCCAAUUUGUAGAAGGUGCAGGUGCUAUAAAUGUAUAGGUUUGGAGAUGUAUAUGUAUUAGUUGCCACCCUUCCCCUCGAAAUAUUCGACAAAAUUUUGGUUAGCACCAUCGCUGAACUUGCAUACGACCUAAUUCGUCGUC